AUUAAGUUUGACGUUGUGACGUUGUGUAUACAAGCCAAGAGAUUUUAAUAAAAACACAUUCAUUUGAGUGACUUUUACCAAUAGUCUACCGUCAAAAACGGAGAGAAUAACGAACGACGAUGGCCUCAGAUGUGUACACUUUUGAAAAAACUUUAAAUGAGCGUCUUAUUGAAUACCAAACAAUUUUAUGCAUUGAUAAAGAAAGUUUGCCCGGACCUAGAAUUCGUUCUGUUUGGGGUAGUUACUUGCAGCUAUUGAUUGAAGGAAACGGAUGGAGUGCCAUUUGGAAGAUAUGCCGCAAAACUUGCGAGAAGUACAGUAUUGGUUUUCCUACUGUAGUUUUCGUGGUGGUAUUGGGAGUUGACUGCACAGAACUUUCAGCUGUAAUUGAGGUGAAUGCUGUUCAAGACGAUAUCCAUUUGCCACUGUAUCACAGAGUUCCAUUGAUUCACCUGUACCCAACAAAACAACAAAGAAAGAACUGUCUUAAAAUAGAAGAAACAGCUGAAUGUUUGGACCAGUUGAGGUUCUUCUACAAUCAUCUGUGGCGCCCAUGGGAUGAUAUGAAUGAAUAUUGCAAGUCUGAUUGGCCAGCAACUCAUCUUCAACAACGCAUAGAUCUACUUGAAGUAAUGCAGUCCGAUGCCAUAUGCCGUGAGAAAUGGGAAUACUUACGGUCCCUCUUGCAAGAAGCGAAAGACAUAAAACAAAAUAUGGAAUCUCUUGACUCUGAACUCACAGAAGAUGGAGAAGUUCCUGUAGAAGUUACCUACUCACUUACAAAAUACUAUCUGCGAUUGAAGCAAAUCAAGAAAGAGGUUGAAAGUUUUGAAAAUCCUGUAACGAGGAAACUGUUGACUCAAAAGCAGAAAACAGCCAUAGUGAAUGAAGGAGCAAGUAUCGGUGACAAAAGUACAUGGAUUGUAUUCCAGGGCCAAUCUGUUCAGGACAUUAAUGAACUGAUAGUAAAAAUCCUAAAUUAUUUCCCAUCCACUACAUAUGUCAAUUCUUGUUCAACAGUGCAGCGUGCAUUGGAGAGUUCACCCAAAAAUAAAGCAAUUGUACUUUGCCCAGGACUUCAUAAAAUGAGCAACUUGGAUAUUCAGUGUUGCUGCAUCUUGAGAGGUUUUGCUGGUCAUCCUCUUAGCAGCACGUUAGUUGCUGAGGGAUCCUGCAUCUUAGACUGCCCAGGGGGCAACUUUGCAUUGGAGGACCUAAUCAUAAGCUGUGAAAACAACACAGCAUCUGUCAUUAUUAGAAGUGGAUUUCUAAAAAUUCGUAACUGUCAUUUCUUUGGGACAAAGUGGUCAUUUAACUCUCCCGCCAUCAUAGUUUUACAAGGAGCUCAUGUUGAAAUUGACAGCUCUGUUUUUUCAAAUCUUGGAACUGCUUUAAUUAUAUGUCCAGGUGCAGUUGUGCAUAUUGCAUCUAGUGAAAUUUCUUCUUGUUCUGUUGGAAUACAGAUAUCAGAUGAUGCAAUCUUAGUAACAGAUGGUUUGAAAAUCAUUAAAUCCACAGAGUGUGCCAUGAAGAUAGAAUGCAUUAAGGAAGAAAACCGUGAAAAAAGUAGUGGGACAACUGACAUCGUUUCUAGUUUCUGUGGGAUUAAAAGCAACAACUUAGCUAUUGAAAGCACAGUUGGUGAUGAGGUCAUAGUAAUUCACAGUGGAGAUUUAGCUCCAUACGAAGAAUUUUGUGUGUGAAUUUAUACAUUGAGGUGUGCUGUGCUAUUCUUCCUGCAUAUGUGCAAUCUGCUUUACUGGAAUAUAAUUCCAAUUAGUGCCAUAAAGUUUCAUUCACUUUAAUUUUUCAUAAAUACUUUAAUAUAUUUAAUAAACAGCGCUUUAUUUUUUUUAAUUACUUGUAUUGGAUAACAAUUAAAAUGAACAUUACAGUGAGUGCAAUAAAAUACUUUAUUAACAACA